AUGAGACGCUCGAGCACCGACGAGACCCCCUACCGGCGCAGUCCGUCCCUGGACAGCAAGUCCGACUCGCCGCCCUUCUCCUCCGGGUUCCACCGUUUCAGCGGGGAGUUGGAGUACAAGCGGCCGCCUUUCGCUUUGGGUUUCCACACCACGAAGGGGCCGCAGGCCGCCAAGGGGCGCUGCGCGCAGCGGGGCAAAAAGUACGUGGUGUUUUACCUGGACCUUUCCUUCAUUUUCCUCCAAGAGCUGCGCCGCUGCAGGAUGGCCGAGGGCUGCGUGAUGCCCCUGCGAUACGGAAUGGUUUUUUUCAACCUCCUUUUCUGGUUGGGGGGAUGCGGCAUCCUGGGAGUCGGGGUCUGGCUCUCGGUGACCCAGGGAAACUUCGCCACCCUGUCGUCGUCCCUCCCCUCCCUGUCGGCGGCCAACCUGCUCAUCGCCGUGGGGACCGUGACCAUGGUGAUCGGCUGCCUGGGCUGCGUGGGGGCCGUCAAGGAGAGCCGCCCCCUGCUGCUCGCGUUCUUCAUCCUCCUCCUGCUCAUCUUCUUCCUGGAGAUUUUGGCCAUCGUGCUUUUCUUCAUCUACCAAGACGACAUCGACCACUACGCCCAGAGGGAUCUGAAGAAGGGCCUCCAGCUGUUCGGCUCGGAGGGCAACGUGGGCCUGACUAACGCCUGGAUGAUCGUACAAACCGAUUUCCGAUGCUGCGGAGUGACCAACCACACGGACUGGUUCGAGGUGUACAACACCUCCCGUGUGCCGGACUCCUGCUGCCUGGAGUACAGCGACAACUGUGGCCUGGACAACCCGGGGACGUGGUGGACAGCACCGUGCUACGAGCGCGUGAAGGACUGGCUGAACGAGAACCUGGUGGCCCUCUGGAUCUUCGCUCUGUGCACGGCGCUCACACAGGUCCUGGGCCUGGUCUUCUCCAUGACGAUGUUCUGCCAGGCGGUGAAAGCAGAGACUUUCUACGCGUAGCCAUCGACCUCUGUGGCCUUCAGCACACUGGGAUUGUUUCUCCUCAGAGGAUAUGGACACCACCACCCCCACCCACACCACCACCACCACCACCCCCACCCCCACAGACGCUCCUUCCCUUCGUCCUCUCCGUGACAUUCACGCCCUCCGGAUGUCAUCACAUCUUCUGCUGGCUGUCACCGAGCACAGUGUGUAACACCUGAGUUGCUUUCCUUUAUGUUUUGCUCUGUGUCAAAAAAAAAGAAGCUAAUUUGUUUGUGACAUAUUUCAUGAAGCAGUAUUAUGAACGUGUAUCAGAAAAAAAGAAAAGAAAUGUAACACAAUUUUUUUUUUAAUGUGUUUUGUUCUAAAUUAUUUCCUGUGUUUUCCAAACGAGAGGUGCAGUCGGGGGCCGUGUGGAGUGCUGCAUGUCUCCUGCCGUGUAUUAAAUGUUUUGGCUCGACUAAACCUCGUCGCCGUGUCGUUCCUCAACAGGAAGCGCCGACGGGGUUUUACUGCGCGAUCCCGCUUAUUUAUUCUUGAUGACGAAACAGGAGGGAACGGAGGACAUUUGCCCGGAAUCGGUGUGUUAGUUGGCUGAUGUAUUUCCUCUGCAGAGACUUCGCCAAAGCGAUUAGAAUAUUUAGCGCAGCACCGAGGUAAUCGGGCCACCGAUUAGAUGAGUAGAAUGAGGGGAAGCCGCUGAGGGACUGUCGAACAUGUGGCUCUUUUUACUGGGCGGAUUUAUAUGGUAUCAAUAGACAAAUGAACAAGCAGCAGGAUCCUCCCCCGUGGACCCCCCCCAAUGUCGAGAUGACUUUUUGCACCAAAAGAAACCCCUAAAAAACAUGGAAGCAGUGAAACACAAAUAUCAUGGACCAUGCUGAGGGAGCGGAAGAAGCGACACGUGUUGCUGGAAUUUGGUGGGAGCAGAAGAUCUUUUAUUUAUUCAUGCAUGAAUAUUUAAAAUCUGAAUAAUGAAUACUGCUUUUUAAAUACAUUUAAGUGACAGCGGCAAGUGACGAUUGAAUUUUAAACAAGGUUUUAGAGACUUUUCAGCGCUAUCCUUUAUUUCACACCCUGCUUACGCGUCCGUGAUGCUGUUCUGUUUGUGGGAAUCACCCAGAAAUCUCUGCUUCGCUGCCCCAAUAUCCGCUCUUGUGCUUUUUCGCUGUUGAAUAAAAGCAUUUGUUUGCCUUUAAUAACAA